AUGACCGCAGCAACGCGACGACACUUUGAUCUGUUCGUCAUUGGAGGCGGCAGCGGAGGCCUUGCGUGCGCCCGACGAGCUGCGGCGUACAACGUGCGGGUGGGGGUAGCCGACUGGAAAAGACUUGGCGGAACCUGCGUGAACGUCGGAUGCGUUCCGAAAAAGGUCAUGUGGUGUGUAGCUUCAGUCCACGAGACACUCCACGAGUUGAAGAAUUUCGCCUUCACGGUGACGGAGCAGCCGGCGUUCUGCUGGCGUUCACUCAAGAUGAACCGGGACAACUACCUGAAGCGGCUGAACAACAUCUACCUCAACACCUUGAACAACAGUGGCGUCGCCUUCUUCCCUGCAUACGCCAAGUUCGCGAAACCGGAAACGAAGCAAGAUGGAGGCCUGGCGCAUGCCAUUGUUCUCAAAGCUAAAGACGGCAAAGAAGAAACCGUCACAGCCGACCACGUCCUCAUCGCGACAGGAGGUCGGCCUGCGAAGGCGGGGAUCCCCGGAGAGGAGCACACGAUCAACAGCGACGGCUUUUUCGAAUUGGAGGAGAUGCCGAAGAAAGUCGCGCUCAUUGGUGCCGGUUACAUUGCCGUCGAGUUCGCGGGUGUCUUUGCUGCUAUGAAGGCCGAGACGCACCUGUUUGUGCGGAAGGAACGGGCGCUGAGGAAGUUCGACGACAUGGUCAGCACGCGCGUGGACGAAUUCAUGAAGAAGGCUGGAGUCCAGAUUCACCCGCACAGUGUCCCCAAAGCCGUUCACAAAGAGGCCGAUCAGUCGCUGACCCUCGAGCUGAGCAACGGGACAAGUGUGAAGGGGUUCGACUCCAUCAUCGUCACUGUGGGCCGCGUGCCCGAGGUCGAAGGCCUCGCUCUGGACGCUGUCGGAGUGCAGCAGACGCCGCAGGGCGGGUACAUCGCAGCGGAUGACUUCCAGAAUACUUCGGUCAAGCAAAUCUACGCCUUGGGUGACGUCUGUGGAAAGGUCGAGCUCACACCCGUGGCCAUUGCAGCGGGACGCCGUCUGGCUGAUCGGCUCUUUGGCGGAAUGCGGGCUGCGAAGCUGGACGCCUCCUGCGUUCCGACAGUCAUUUUCUCGCAUCCUCCCGCUGCGUGUGUGGGCGUGACCGAGGCAGAAGCAAAGGCGACCUAUGGAGAGGAGGAUAUUAAGGUAUACACAGGAACGAGUGUGAACCUGUACUACGGCGCGUGGCCCGUCGCGCCCGAAGAGAAACCGAAGACGUACAUCAAAAUGAUUUGCGUCAAGAGCCAGAUGCUAAAGGUCGUGGGCCUUCAUGUCGUGGGCAUGGGCGCAGACGAAAUGAUUCAGGGCUUUGGCGUCGCGAUGAAAAUGGGAGCAACAAAAGCGGAUUUCGACAACUGCAUCGCCGUACACCCGACCGCCGCUGAGGAAGUCGUCACUCUCCCUCCCUGGGGUCUAUCACACAGGGACUUGUGA